AUGAAUUUUUUUCAAUCAAAUAAACACUCAAUACAAUUGAAAGUCCAAGAACAUUACCAAAAACAAUUAGCAUACGAAUUCCAUAUGAAUCCUAAUAAUCUCAACUAUCAUACUAACAGCCCAAAUAAUGAAGCUGAAUAUUCAAUCGAAAAGAAAUAUUUUAUUGAUCAUCUCGUUUUAUAUGAUGAUCCAAUCUCAAUUUGCAGAAACAUUGAAAAAGUCAAAAGGAAUUCGGUAUCACAUAAAGCUUUCAAGUAUAUUGAAAGUACCAAUGAUUUGCAAAAUAAAAACUUUGUGCGCUAUCACAUCAAUUCAAUGAAAAAUUACAAGCCAAAUAAUGAUAUGAAUGAUAUUGGUUUCAAUUUCAAUUUCAAUGAAUAA